AUGGCACUCUGUCGCGAUUCCUCUGGCUAUUUCAACGCGUCUGUCUUCAAUGUGUGGACAUGUGCCUGGUGCUAUAAAUUUCUGUUUCAGCAAAGAAUUUCAAAGGAAAUUAAUUUAGAUCCUGAUUGGAAUGGAGGCUCGCCUCUGUUAGUUUUUCGGAACGGUACUUUUAGUGCCGUUCCAGACAUAGACGAUCUCGGACAGAUUGAACGAGUUUGCGGUACUCUCGAUUCUGCGGAUUGUGCCAGAUGGACGUCCUGUUGCCAGGCAGCUAAAUCCUGUUGUCAAAGACAGACACAUGCGCGUCCGAAAGGACGCAACACAUGUCCAAGCACAUGGGACGGGUUCGGCUGCUUUGAAGAAACGGACGCAGGACAAACGGCCGUCAUUAACUGCCCAGAGUUUAUUGAGUACGGAUUUGUAUCAGAUUAUGCGACUAAGAAAUGUACAGAAAACGCCACCUGGUGGAGAGAACAGCUGCACUUCCGAGAAUGGACAGAUUAUACUCCCUGUCUCAAGAUAAAGGUGUACAAGUCCGUGGUGUAUAUCGGUAUAACAUGUUGUUCCCUAAGUAUCGCCCUGCUUGUUCCUGCAAUCACCAUUUUCCUUUCGAUCAAGCAAUUGAGGUCACAACAGCGUAUUCGCCUCCACUUGUGUCUGUUCCUGUCCUUCAUGCUGACCUCUGUGUUCACGCUGUUUUGGGACCUGUUUGUGUAUAGCGAUCUCCUCAGUAACCCACGUCAUCAUACUACCAUGCAUCGCAACUCGUUUGGCUGCCGUUUGCUUUACUUCCUGAAGAGAUACUCAGUUUCCACCAACUACUUCUGGAUGUUCUGCGAGGGUCUUUACCUGCAUAGACUUAUAGUACACGCCUUCAGAGUUCCAAGGUUUCUUCUAUGGUACUACCUUCUAGGAUGGGGUCUUCCGUUUGUACCAGUCUCGAUAUAUGCUGUCAUUAAAGCUGGAAUCGCUAAUCACGGCUGUUGGAUCAAGAAUAUGGACGCGUAUGAAUGGAUAAUUUAUUCGCCGAACAUCUUCUGCAUUUUAGCGAACUGUAUGUUUCUCUGUAGCAUUCUACGAAUCAUGGUGUCACAGCUUCAAACACAUCCGAACGAACCUAGCGGUUACAGACGUGCUAUUAAGGCUACAUUUGUACUGGUACCACUGUUCGGGAUUCAGAUAUUUGUUAUCAUUUAUCGUCCACAUGGAUCAACUUCUCAUCGCUUUUUCUACGAAAUAAUCUCAAAAAUCAUCACAGAUUCUCAGGGUGCUAUAAUUACACUGAUUUACUGCUACGGCAGUGGAGAGGUCCAUUCCUGUCUGCGGUCCCGUUGUCGUAGCUGUAUACGUGAAUUUUACAUCCGAAACAACACCGCGACGAGGACGCCAAGCGUGUCAAUGACCCAAUACACUGCCAUUACUACCAGCCAGCCGCGACUCUCCUCCUCAAAAGACACCAUUUUGUAUUCUACAAAGGGAGACCACUCCGAAAACAAAAAGCGUGUCAAUGUAAAUGGACAAGUUCAUACGCAAAAUUUUCACCGCUAG